AUGAACAGCAUUACUCUGGAUAGUACUGGAAUUGAUUUCUGGAGAUGGGGCCUGGUAUCGCAAGGGAUCAUUCUCGGAGGGGUCAUUUCGCUCUCGCUGAUCACAGUGGGAGUUUUAUACGGCGUCUAUAAUGCAUUCAUUCACCCUCUCCGACGGUAUCCAGGGCCGUUGCUCUGGACAGCUUUCCGCUUUCCCUACGUCAUUGCCAUACAUAGCGGUGACAUACACCGGCGACUGAAGACAUAUCACGACGAAUAUGGACCCAUCGUUCGAAUUGCACCUAAUGAGUUGUCGUAUGCUGAUCCCUCCGCGUGGAAAGACAUCUACGGCAAUCGUCCCGGCCACCAGCCACUUGAGCGCAACCGCACCUGGUUCAAGAAAAUGUCCCCUGAUGAACCGCACUCUCUGAUGGGCUACAAUGAAGAGGCACAUGCCCGACAAAAGCGAGCAUUUGCGCAGUCGUUCUCCGACAAGAGCUUACGGGACCAGUCUCCAGUCAUUGAAAGCUACAUUGAUAGCUUCGUAAGCGCGCUUAGGGCUCGCACUUCAGGACGGCAGUGGACGAAGAAGACCGUCGACCUAUCUCAGUGGUUCGUCUUUCUCAUGUUCGACAUAUCAGGGGAUCUCUCGUUUGGGGAAUCUUUCGGGUGCCUUUCAACGGGGAGAGCGCAUCCUUGGGUAGAGAUCGCGCAGGACUUCGGCAAAGGGCUAUCCCUUAUAGCGUCGGUCAACAUGUACCCUCCAGUCGACAAGCUGCUACGCUACAUCAUUCCGAAGCGCAUCAGACAACGGCAAGUCACGCACCGCGAAAUGAGUGCAUCAAUGGCGAAGAAGAGGUUGUCUUUAAAAGUGGAUCGACCGGAUUGGGUCAGCCCUGCUAAGAGAUAUGACGACCACAAAGACGCUCUUUCCGAAAGUGAGUGGGCGAUCAAUAUGACUAUUAUCAUAUUCGCUGGCGCCGAGACCACUGCAAGUGCUCUAUGUGCAAUCACCAGACACUUACUGCAGAACCGCGGUGCCCUGCAUCGAGUAACAGAGGAGAUCCGGUCCGCAUUCACCACCGAAAGUGAAGUCAAGAUAACUUCCACUGGAAAUCUGCCCUACCUGAAUGCGGUCAUCAACGAAGGCUUGCGGAUCGCGCCUCCUUCCGUCAUCGGUGUUCCAAGAGUGGUGCCCAAGGGCGGGGAUACAAUCUGUGGACAGUGGGUACCAGAAGGAACAUACGUGGCGUACAACCAGUUCUCGGCAAACCGCCAGCAGCACAACUUUCACCACCCUAAUUCCUUCAUACCCGAACGCUUCCUCGAUCCAGACUCGAAAGCCGACAAUUUGGCAUCGUUCCAACCGUUCCAGAUGGGGCGGCAUGUCUGCAUCGGCAUGAAGCUUGCUUAUGCGGAACUACGCGUCACUUUGGCAAGGCUGUUGUUUGCGUUCGACAUUCGCUUGGCAGAUGAGGAGGACCGGUGGGACUGGGGCGAGCAAAACACAUACAUAUUUUGGGAUAAGCGUCCACUUAACAAGAUCAACUACCAUAGCCAGACAGCAGACACCAUGCUCUCCCCCGUGUUCAUCAUUUCAUUGGCCGUCGCCGCUCUUCUCCUCCGCUGCAUCAUCACGGCCCUCCGUUCCCCCCUCUCGCACAUCCCAGGCCCAUGGCACACGCGCUUCACCGCGCUGUCUCUCCGCCUCGCCAUCAUCAAAGGCCGCAGGAUCCACCAUGUCGACAGCCUCCACCAGAAGUACGGCCCUACCGUCCGCAUCGCCCCCGCUGAACUCGCCGUCUCGGAGCUCUCCGCUUUUUCCCAGAUUCACCGCAUCGGCAGCCGUUUUGUGAAAUCGCCGUGGUACGAGGGAUCGCACAGGGGAGGAAAACCGGGGAUAUUUGCGAUGCAGGAUGUCAAGGAACAUGCGCAGAGGCGGAGACUGUUUGCGAGGGCGUUCAGCUAUACGGGUAUUGCUACGCACUGGGAGGGUACGAUUCGAGAGAAGGCGAGUCUUGCUAUUCGACGGAUUAAAGAGUGCGCGAGGGAAGGCGGCCAAGGGCAUAGUCUGGACGGAAAGGAUGCGGAGAGGAAGAGCGACGGCGCCGACGUGAUGAAGUGGUGGACGCUGAUGGCUACAGAUGUCAUUGCGCACCUUGCUUUUGGGGAGAGCUUCGGGAUGCUGGAGCUUGGACGACAGACGCCGUACAUUGAUGCCUUGCAGAGCGUCCUUCUGGGGAGUGUGCUGCGAGGGGAAGUACCGUUUUUGUGGCACAUCGCGAGGUGGAUUCCCUUUGGCAGGCUCUACGCUAUCACCCAGGCAGAAGGGCUGGUCAUGCAGCAUGGCAGCCGAGCAAUCCACAAUAUGAGACGGGAAGGUGGCGGCGUGCAGAACCUCUUUGGACAGAUGGAGGCCGCGGCUGAGAAGGACGAUGGCAGCAUCACGGAUGAGGAGGUUAAGAGGGAAGCUGGAAAUUUGAUCAUCGCGGGGAGUGACACGACGGCAGUGACGCUCACGUAUAUGGUCUGGGCGAUUUUGAAGCAGCCUGCGUUGCAACGAGAGCUUGAGGCUGAAAUUGCAGGCUUGAGCGACGCAUUGCAUCUAAACGAGCUAGUUAACAAUGCGCCUUUGUUGAACAGUGUCAUCGAGGAGACGUUAAGGCUAUAUGGAGCUGCGCCAGGUGCGUUGCCGAGAAUGGUACCAAAGGAAGGGGCCGUAUUUGGAGGAUACCAAAUCCCCCGAGGCGUUGAAGUCAGCACGCAGGCAUAUACAAUCCACCGGCAUCCCGAUCUGUGGACCGAUCCUUUAAGGUACGUUCUCUUUUAG